AAAAGUUUUUGAGAUUUGAGUUAUUUUGUUAAAUUUCCAUUCUAUUUUCCCCCAUUUUGGUUCGAAAGAGUAAACUUUCUCUGUUCAUUCUCUCCCUCGCCAUGGAAAUCGAUUCACUGAAGAAUCUCCAGCGCAAACAGUGUACCUAUGAAAUAUUGGAUGAGCAGUACAAGAUUCAGAAGGAGACAUACAAGGGCCAGCAGUACAGUCACAUAUACUUUGCUCGACUCCACUUGAUGAGAACGAUACUCCAUUCGCUUGUCUCUAAGUGGAAACCUCAUUUACCUGUUUGCACUGUAUUGGGAUUGGAGGAAGGCAAGGAAUGUGUCAUUGUUGGAACCGUCUACAAGCACAUGAAACUUAAACCUACCAUUCUGGACGAGUAUUCAAAGGAGAGAUCUGCCAACCCACUUGUUAGGCCACACAACUUUAUGCACCCAGAUGAUCAUCUAGUAUUGGAAGAUGAAAGUGGGAGAGUAAAGCUUUCUGGGGCUGUGCUUUUACCUUCUGUAUAUGUUACAGGGAUUGUCCUUGCAUUGCGUGGAAAGGAAACUUGCGUUGGUGACUUUUUGGUUUUAGACAUCCUAGAAGCUGGCUUGCCACCCCAGAUAGAGCGGCCACUCAUAUCAAUACAUGAGGGACAAAGAUGCUCUGUUGCAAAGUUUCUUAUAAAGGUUCAAAUGCAUGCAGGCGAAGAUAAGUAUGUGAUUUUUGUCUCGGGCAUAAGUAUUGGGAGUAGCAUCUCUAAUCCUCUACAGUUUCAGCUCCUUGUUGAUCAUAUAACAGGGCAUUUAGGAGAUGAGAAGGAACAAGGGAUUGCGGCUCAAAUAGUUCAUGUUGUCAUUUGUGGGAAUUCUGUUGAAAUUCCUCGAGGAAUUUUAAAUGGGCAGCAUUUGUCUGCAAAGGACCAAACAAAGCUGACAGAACCUCUUAAAGAGCUAGAUAUCCUAUUGAAUCAGAUUGCUGUGGGUUUACCUGUGGACAUCAUGCCGGGUUCCAGUGACCCAGCCAAUUUUUCCUUGCCUCAGCAGCCUUUGCACAGAUGUCUUUCUCCUGGAUCAUCAGCUUAUAACACUUUCAGAUCUUGCACCAACCCUCAUUGUUUUGAGCUUGAUAAUUUCAGGUUUCUUGGAACAUCAGGUCAGAAUAUAGAUGAUCUCGAGAAGUACUCAGAGGCUAAAGAUAAACUUGAAUUUAUGGAGAGGACUUUGAGAUGGAGGCAUCUGGCACCAACUGCUCCAAAUACUCUCGGUUGUUACCCAUUCACUGACCGAGAUCCUUUCCUGAUUGAGAGUUGUCCUCAUGUAUAUUUUAUUGGCAAUCAGGACAAGUUUGAUACUCGCUUAAUAAAGGGCGCUGAAGGGCAGAUGGUAAGACUCAUUGCGAUUCCAAGAUUUUGCGAGAACGGGGUUGCCGUAAUGUCUUCCUUUACAGCUUAACUUGAGAAACCUUGAAUGCCACACACUGAGUUUUGGGACUGAAUUCAGCUGAUCAUCGUGACGAACGAAACCAGAAGGAGAUCGAGAACCUGGUUUCGCAUUCGGUUUAUGUUGCUUUUGCAGGAAACCGAUUUCUCUAAAAUUACCUGCUUCUAAAAAAGUGGAGCAAAUGUGCCCUCUAAUGGAAAUUUUAGAGGUUUGUAUAUGGUGUGAAAAGGGUUUUUGCAGUGAAAUGCAGAAUCGUCUCCAUUUUCUCAACAGUGGAUCACAUCUUCUGGGGAGAAUCACUUUGGAGAGGAAGAGUAAAUCAAAAGAACUGAUGGGUGAGUGAGAAUAGUCAUCCUCUGUAUUAACUGGUUUUGGUUCAUGUAGGUCCUGCCCCAACAGUGUAGAAAUUUGUAGUUUGGCUGGCAUUGUUGGGUUCAGAGUUGUAUGUUCCAUAGUAACCUAUGCCUUCACUUGGUUGUAACACUGAUGAUGCCUGACUUCUAAUAUAUUAGUUUGUGUUCUGAGUGGUUGGUGCUUGUGUAUUAUUUUUAGUGUCGAAAAUGUAUAACUAUGAAAUAUUAGCUUGGGAAUGAC